CAUAUUAGUCUGUGUCUAACAAGAAAUUUUCCUUAAUUAAGGUAUCCAAAAAAAUCGUACACAAGGAGUCUUCUUGUACGUAUUUAGCCACUAAUUUCAAUAAGAGCUUUAUUAUUAUUUCUUCUUUUUCUUAGACAAAUUCAUUAUCCGUACAUAGUAUUAAAUUAAUUUCCAACAAAAUCUUUAUAUCUUUCUUCUUUAAUUUCCCCGUAUUCACUCAUCCUUCUUUUAUAGCUUUUGAGAACCCCUAUAAUUCUACAAACAAAACAUACCUUUUUAAUUUUUCCUCUUCUCAUGGAUCUCCAGCCAGUUUCUCCUCAUCAACAACAAAACACAACCAACAACAAUAAUAAACUCUUCUUCUUUUUUCCCUUAAAAUUUGCAAACAAAGAUAUCCCUCAUGCAUUAUUUUUUCUCUUUUUAUUUUUCUCUUCCAUUUUUUUCUACAAUUUACUAAGCCCACUUGACCCUCAGUCUCUUCUUGGCAUUAGUAUUUUGUCCAAAAUAUUACCCAAAAAUUCUGAAAAUUCUUCAAAAGCUUGUGAUUAUUCUUAUGGAAAGUGGGUUUGGGAUGAAAGUUAUGCUCUUGAUCAAUAUAAUGAGAAUUGUCCGUUCUUGGAUCCCGGUUUUCGAUGCCGGCAAAGUGGUCGCAGGGAUGUAGAUUACCGGAAGUGGCGAUGGCAACCUCACGGUUGUGAUCUUCCAAGGUUCAAUGCAAAGGAUUUCCUCGAACGGAGUCGGAAUGGUCGAAUAGUUUUUGCUGGAGAUUCAAUUGGAAGAAACCAAUGGGAGUCAAUGAUAUGCAUGCUAGCACAAGGAGUAACUAACAUAUCCACCAUAUAUGAAGAAUUUGGAAACCCCAUAACCAAACAUAGGGGUUUUCUCUCUAUGAAAUUUCACGAGUACAACCUUACUGUCGAAUAUUACAGAGUUCCUUUCCUAGUAGUCGUCGAUCGACCUCCGGCGAAUGCAUCGAAAGAAGUGCGAGGGGUGAUCAGACUCGAUAAGUUGCACUGGUAUUUCACAAAGUGGAUUGAUGCAGAUAUCCUUAUAUUCAAUGAUGGACAUUGGUGGAAUGAGGACAAGACUGUAAACAUGGGCAUCCAUUUCCAAGAAGGAACAACAGUGAACAUGACCAUGAAUGUCGUGGAAGCUUUUCAAAGAUCAUUGAAUACGUGGGCAUCGUGGGUGAUUCAAAAUACCAAGCCUGACAAGAGUCACAUCUUCUUCCGCAGCUUUUCACCAGUACACUACAGGGAUGGAGCGUGGAAUGCAGGUGGUCAUUGCCACACAAGUACCGCACCAGAAACGGACUAUACCAAGCUGGAGAAAGAGCCAAUCAACAAUAUAUUCAUUUCUGAGGUAGUCGCACAAAUGCAAAAUACAAGAAGAAAUAUGACCUUCCUAAACAUCACAUAUCUAAGUGAGUACAGGAAAGAUGGCCACCCUUCAGAACAUCGUGAACCCGGCACCCCGGUUGGUGCACCGCAAGACUGCAGCCACUGGUGCCUCCCGGGAGUGCCAGACACUUGGAAUGAACUUCUUUAUGCCCAUCUACUGUUGAAUGGAUUUAGAACCAAGUUGAAAUGAAUUUGAUGGUAGCACAAUAUGACUAGCUGUUUUCGUAUGCUUUGACCUGGGCUAUUCAUCAGCCUUUUCAGUUGGAUUCACCUCAGUUUCCAUUUCCUUGACUUUCUCAAG